CUGGGAAUUAAGCUAAUAGCUGCCUGUGACAGAGAGUUGUCUCAUUUCCGGGGAAAGGGAUCCCAGAUCUCUAUAAAACUGCUCCUGUCCCUCGGAUCUUCAUUCCCUCCUCUUGCUUUCCUCCCGGCUCAGAUCACCCCAAACCACAGCCAUGUGCUCCCGUCAGGACAGGGACCAGUGCCACACACAGGAGCGUUACACCCGGCAGAGCAGCGGUGGUUGCCACAGCUCCGGUGGUGGUUGCCACAGCUCCGGUGGUGGUGGCUGCCAUAGCUCCGGUGGUGGCGGUGGCUGUCACAGCUCCGGUGGUGGUGGUGGCUGCCAUAGCUCCAGUGGUGGCGGCGGCUGCCAUAGCUCCGGUGGCAGCGGUGGAUGCCAUAGCUCCGGUGGUGGUGGUUGUCAUGGGAAGCCACAGGUCCAGUACCACUACCACCAGCAGCAGCAGCAGCAGCAGCAGCAGCAGCAGGUCCACCAGCUGCCCUCGCAGAAGAUGAAGUGAUGUGGGUGUCCCACCAGCCCCAGCUCCAGCCACAAAGGCCACGCAUGGACCAGCUCCCUCUGGUCUCCCCACAGCUUUGCAAGCCCUGGGCUGCAAACCCUCUCCUUGCCCUCCAGGACCAUUGCUCCCUGGGAAGGGGCAUCACUUGCGGUCCCUGCUGCCACCUCUGCCUGAUGACCCAGGCUGUGCCUUGGCCCCAUGAGGUGCCCAUGAAGCAAUAAAGCAUUGAGUUCGCAAGA